GGACAGUGACCGUGUGGAAGUGCGCCGGCGGUGCUGCAGCAGCGUGAUGGAGGGCGAUGUGUGUUCGGUUCUGAGAGAAUACGGCAGCGAACAGAACCUCCUGUCUAAGCCCGACGGAUCAGCCUCCUUCAUUCAGGGGGACACCAGUGUCCUGGCAGGAGUUUAUGGACCAGCUGAAGUUAAAGUGAGCAAGGAGAUCUAUGACCGGGCGACCCUGGAGGUGGUGAUCCAGCCUAAAGUGGGCAUGCCAAGUGUCCGGGAGCGUGCGAGAGAGCAGUGCGUGCGGGAGACGUGCGAAGCUGCUCUGCUGUCCACUCUUCACCCUCGUUCCUCCCUCACACUCAUCCUCCAAGAGGUGCAUGACGACGGCUCUUUGUUGUCCUGCUACCUGAACGCUGCCUGCAUGGCGCUGAUGGACGCCGGGCUGCCGAUGGGCCGCUUGUUCUGUGGCGUGACCUGCGCCAUUGAUGCGGAAAGUCAAAUCAUUACAGACCCCACGGCUCAGCAGGAGAAGGAAAGUCGAGCACUAAUGACCUUUGCGAUUGACAGUAAAGACCGCAAUAUAAUGACAUCAUCGACAAAAGGUUCUUUCUCUGUUAAAGAGCUGCAGCAGUGUAUAGCAGUCAGUCAGAAGGCCUCUGAGCGGAUAUUCCAGUUUUAUAGAGAUUCUGUACAACGAAGAUAUUCUAAAGUACUAUGAAUGUAUUCUUUUUAUUUGUGUUUGUUUCAAAUUGUGUUUUAUAUUAGAUGUUUCUUUCCACAGUAAAAGUC